AUCACAUUGGCUCUUAUAUACUGAGGGAAUGGAGCCAACUGCACUUCAUACCCAACCAGGAUCUGCAAAAGCGUUUUGGGAUCUUGAAGAGAAGAACAGAAAGAAAAAGAGGACGCAGCAGCAUCACUGUAAAUUCCUGACCCUUAAACAUAUGGACUAGAUUCCACCUCAGGUCCUCUUCAGUGUGGAACCCACUUUUUUGAUUUGAUUUCAUUUGUUUUUAUUUUUUCUUAUCAAGAUGCAGGCACAGUUGGCAUGUAUGCUUCUUCUCUGUUUCACAUGUGGCGCACUGGGAACAGAUGUUGAGCAGGAGAAGCGAUCACUAGCAGAGGAGCUUCUCAGCAGUCUCCUCACUUCUAAGAUGAAACAAAGUAAGCAGAGCGCCCCCUACUGGCACGUGACGCUGACCAACCUGUGUAGGCUGGUGGACGGCCUGCGGCAGGGGGCGUGGAGCAGUGAAGAGGAGGAGGAAGAGGGCGAGCUGAGGGAGGGGAGCCUCCUGCUGCUGGAGGAGCUCUACAGCCUGCAGCACAUCUGCCGAACGCUGCAGAGCCGGGAGGAGAGGCUACUCCAAGACUCUGUAGAGUAUUCAGAGGAGAACAGCGAUGCGCCGCUGAAACGAAAAUCACCCUACAUACUAAAGAGGCAAACCGGGCACAACACCAAGUCACGGAGGCCGUACAUCUUAAAGCGAAGUUCAGUUUACUGACGUCCCAGAGACAAGAGGAUGUUUUUUUUUUGAUAAGACCAUAUACUUUAUGUGAUGGUGUGUGUUUUUUUUCUUCUUUUUUAUCCUUGUAGCUGCAGUGUUUCUUUUCCUGUUGUUUUUAUCCAACCAGACCCUUUGAUUGUAUGUCCAGCACUGAGGCCUGUCUUUAUUCUGCUGCUGCUGAGAAUAAAAUCCUAAGCAUCAUGCAAACUGUGCAUCUCUGACAAACUGUAUUUUCUUUAUUUCAUCACUGCACAGUGACUCUGUUCUGUUUCCAGAUAUGAUUAAAGGAUUCAUAAUACA